AUGCUACCAAUAUUUAAUACAUCCAAAUCAACUUCAAGGAAGUUAAGGUAUCGCCAAAUUGCUUGUCUCUUGUUAAAUCAUAUUAAAACCAAUUAUAAGAAUAUUUUUGAGCAAAACCAAAAUUUUAGAAGAUUGCUCGAUAAGAAAACCUUGAAUAAUCUAUAAAAACUUAAAGAGGACAUUCAAGCUAAACAGCUAGCUUUGCAAUAUUUUUCUAGUUUUUAAUUGAUAUCCGACAUAUUAACAUCUUAAUUUGAAGCAGAUUGUUUAGCUGAUAUCCAAAAUCUAUGCAAUUACCUUUCAAUAUGA